GCAGGACAAGCCAUCGCCCCGAUGGACACCGCCGCCUCAUGCCGCCUCCUCUCGCCGGCCUCCUCCUCUCCGCCCCCCUGUCCGAAGCAGCUACCCAAGCGGCGACCGACCUUCGCGGCCUCGCAGCAGCAGUCGCCCAGCUCCAGCGCCAAGUUCAGGCUCCUCUGCCUCCUCCAUGACAAGUCCGCGUCGCCAACGACGUCGGUGCAGAUGCAGAGCUCACAGUCACAGUUGCAGAGGCUGGCGACGGUGUUGCAGUGCGGAGCCGUCUGGGCAGCUGUUGAGGCGCCGGCGGCGCUGGCGGUGACCGGCGAGGAGGACAUCGACCUGCUAGGGAUCCUGCCGCCGCUCGCGGUGUUCGCCUUCUUCUACUUCCUCGUCGCUCCUCCGGUGAUCAUGAACUGGAUGAGGCUGAGGUGGUACAAGCGCGAAUUCGUGGAGACGUACCUGCAGUUCAUGUUCACCUACCUCUUCUACCCAGCGAUGAUGUUCUGGGCGCCAUUCGUCAACUUCAGGAAGUUCCCGAGGGAUCCCACCAUGAAGUACCCUUGGUCCAAGCCGAAGGAGGGCACGCCGCUGUUCAAAGACAGAUACCCGCCUAUAGACUCCUAGAUACAGCCUUGAUGCUUGUACUCGGCUCGUCGCGCGCCACGGGCAUGCAGGCAGCAGCGAAAAGGCCGGUUUCUUCACCUAAAAAUCUGUGUAAAACAUUACUAUAUAUCACACAGUCUAAUAAUACCCGUGCUAGUACAUGGGAAAGGUUACUAUCACUAAGAUUUUACCAUGAUCUAUAGUUCUAUACCUCACAACAUUCAUGUAAUCAUGUCCGUUAAAAACUAUGUUCACCAGU